CCCAUGGUAUGGGCGCCACGACACACACAACUGCGCUGCAGCUUCCUUCCCGCGCAGGGGAGGAAUCCCCUUUUUCUUCGCGGUCUGCUACCAACCCAACCGUGCUCGACAGUCGCAGGGACAACGAUGCUCGUGUUCAUAACUUCACGAGGAAGAAGUGCCACAAUUCACAAACCUGGCGGAGGCGAUCCCGGAAGCUCUUGUGUGCAGAGGUAGGUAGGAAGAAAAAUAAAGAAAGACCGAGCAAAGGCGGCAGAUCCCUGAGCUCCAGUCAGGUUCAUCCAUUUCGUCUAUGGUACCUAUUCCUGCAUCACAACUCACAAGGAAGCACAAGUGCCACAAGCAGCAGAAGCUGCUCUCCCGGUCUCCCCUUGGCACGCUCAAGUCUGCACUGUUAAGGAGAAUAGGAAGGUUGCAUUUAGAGAUGGCAUGACCGCACGAGUUAAAUUUGAGCUCCAGAAAGCUCUGAUUUAGAGGAGAAGAGGGCACAAGCAGGGCCAGCAUUUUGAGGGCACAAACAGGAAAGGAGGGCAUUGGAGGAGAAGAGCUAGGGCACAAGCAGGGCCAGCGUUUUGAGCUCCAGGCUAUCUUACAGGCUUUAGUUUCACGUUGAAUAAAAAAGGCGCGUGGACACAUGAGAUACAUGGAUGAUUCCGCUGUGUGAAAGUUAACUUGGUCAGACAUUUUGUGUUGAAGAACCAGCACUGAUCAGUUCUUCGUUCCCUAUAAUUAAGCCUAGCUAGAAACGAAGCUUGUUGAAGAUAGAUGGUGACAGUAGGCAAAGGAACCGUGGAUUGUGAUGAUGACCCGGCCCAAAUAUACCACAAGACGCGGCGGGCAAUAAUGCAGGUGGAGGUUUUCAUGGCAGCAGCGGCUGUGCUGCUCUUCUUCCAGCUCGUGUGCGGUUCCCUUCGCCUGCGUAGCAACAACGCCUUCAUCCAAGGGGGGCUGUGGGUGGCCUACACCCUCCUCCCCCCACUUGUCACUUACACCCUUGGCUUGAUGCAGUCAUCUCAGGUGACCCUUGUAAUCAUGUACCCAGUGUGGGCGCUCUCCCUGUUCCUGAUCGCAGGGGGUGUGCUAACUCCAUCACAGCCUAUGACCUCGACGACAACAGGCAGUGGAAGCGAGGCCUCUUCGAUGUUCUUCAGUAUGACAUCUACUUUGCAAUAGUGCUAUUUCAACUGCUCUACCCAAGCAUCACAGGAUACCACCCCCGUGAAGAAAGCACAACAAUGUCGAUCCUGCAUGGGAUGCGACGUCAGUUUUUGGGGCACCCUACCACUCUUCCUGUCUUCAUCCUGUUUGCUGCUGUCUGCUUCGCUCACACAUUUAGAACAUAGCUAGCUGGAUGGUUAACCACUCCUAUCCUAGCAAAGUAUUAGCAGAUUACAUGAAGGAUUACUCCGCCGCUGCCGCCAUGGCUGCCAAAGAGGACUCCUUUGACCCUGUCACCAUGAAGGGCUGCAGGUACAUCGUCCACUGGCCUGCCUACAAGGUCACCCGUACAUGGGAUGGCAAAAGCUCCUUGUACAGAUGUGAGGCAGUACCAAAGGAAGGUGUUGCUACUGUCGGCAUGAUCUGGGACGAGGGCAAUGAAGCAAAGCUCAUCUCACAUGGUCUCAGCAGCUCGCGGAUUAAAGGUGCAUGCCUAUCCUAUUCCUUGUCCCACCUGCUGAGGCGUCGCUUCUUCGGGAUGGAUUGUGCUGAGGCUAGCCUUCCAGAGACACGCCGGUUCGUUCUUGAAGGGUUGCUAUCAGAAAAGAACGCUAGUGAUGAAUACACAGAAGCAUUCAGGGUCAUCGAGGUGGAGUGAGCCUUCCUGUAUGAUUUCUUCUACACCAGGUAUGCUUUGAUCUUUGGGAUGGAAGGACUCUUCUUUCUCAUGGUCAUAGUGAAGAUAGUUUGCUCAUUUGGCCUUGGAGCAGUCAUGCUCUAUGAAUCAUUGUCCGAAAGACGACACGAACGAUUCAUUCUUGAUGACUAUUAUUUUAUAGUUAUCGGACUCAACGUGACUCGUGUCAGUGUCACAGUCGCAAUUAUUGGAGCAUUCCUUGUAGUAGAGGCAUUGCAGUUCAUACUGUAUCUGGGAUCUGAUUGGGCCAUGGUACCACUUGCUUGCUCGUCUCUCACAGGAAGAGGAAACCCGAAUGGAUUCAUCCCAUUGGCCUUACGCAAGAGAUUUGGUUUUUUUAUUAGUAAGCGGAGGCUCCCAUUAUUCGGGUAUUGGCAGAACAAACUAGGCCAGUACUCUGUCGUAGAAGGCUCAAAAUUCUUUAGUUUGAGGAAAGACUUUGCCUUUGAAUCAAGUACCCUGUCCAUGUUCAUUUUUUCCAAGACCAUUGCUUAUCUGGGUCAAUCUUCGGGCAAUCUGUUUUCAUCAAAAGGUUUGCAUUCUGUCAAGUUACCUGAUAAGCUGAAGCGUCGGAUUGUUUCCAUUCUGAAAUCCAGCAGUGAUGGCCAUCUGACCAAUGGGAAGGCAUCAUUGCAGCGCAACGGUUUUCUCCCACAGUUUUCUUGGACAUUACAGAAUGUGACUCAAACAGAAAGCGUGCUUAUUUGGCACAUUGCAACUGAUUACUGCAGAAUAAUAUGUGACAAUGCAGAGAUGAGAAGCAGGCAGCUUCCCUGCUAUGACAACCAUGAAGUCGCAACCAAAUUAUCAUGCUACUGCGGAUACCUGAUGUCUAAUGUCCCAAAAUUGCUUCCAGGGAAUUCCUUCGAUACCAGGUCCAUCUUUGAUGAAGCCAUGUACAAAGCCAGAGAAGCAUUGGGAACCAAUGCUCGAGACAGAGAUGCACUUCAGAAGGCCCUAUCCUGCUCCGGAGUCGACAAUAGCAUCUUGACCAAAGGGCUCAAGGCCUCAAGCUUGGGACAGAGCUGGAGGCCAUAGAAGAUACUUGUCUGCGCUGGAAGGUAAUGGCCGACUUCUGGGUGGAAAUCAUCCUCUACAUCCCGUCAGACAACGCCAGAGCGCACAUGGAGCGGCUGGCGCAGGGCGGGGAGUUCCUGACCCACCUCUGGGCUCUCCUCACUCAUGCUGGCAUCCUGAAUCGCGACCAGGAGCCAAACCUGGCGGAGGGAGAGGGAUUUGCAUAAGGCCUCUUCUGCAUAUAUAUUCGCCAGCUAUAGAUGUAUCAACAUUCUUUUCUUUAUCCUAUUCGUGGUCUUAUUCUGUGGGUACUGUGAUGAUCAGCUCCAUUUCAUUUGAACAAGGUUAUGUAAUGUAAUUCAUACAUUCUUUUUUCGUUUAGUACAAUGGGGAGAGCUUUAUUGAUCAAA